GCCCGUUCAAGCCAGCUGGCCCGCCGACGGCGAUGAUGGGUGUCGCAGUUCUCCACUCCCAUCGGCUUGCUGGGCUGGGAACAGGCCAUUGAUGUGGACGAUCAAGGCGUCGGACGUGCUGACUGCUGCCACUCCCAACGAGUCGCUUCCGCCGACACCCUCCACUGUCGUCGAAGACUCCUUCAAGAACACCAUGCCUCGGUUCGUCGACCUUACAGUCACCAGCUAUUCCGUAGGGAAGGACGGCGUCGUCAUGUAUCACGUCGAUGUGCAGAGCUCGACAGGGACGUACACCAUCAGGCGGCGCUACACGGAUUUUCGCGUGCUGUACCUCGAUCUGGCCAAGGUUAUGCCCUUAGACACCGCCGACGAUGUCAUGGCUUCCCGCACGAGUCUCCUCUCUCGCUUCACGACAUCAGGGUCGACGUUGCCACCCCUUCCGUCCGCUGGCGUGUGGUCUUUUCUCCGAAAGCAUGACACCAAAGUCCUGGAAAAGCGCCGGGCAAGUUUUCAAGACAUUCUGGACGCAGCGGCAUCUCACACUGUCGCCCGAGCAAGUGCAGCGUUCCAGGACUUCCUUAGCGUAGCGCCAGAGUCUGUGGACGAAGGUCGAGCGUCGUACACCUCCCUUCGAGAUUACAGCGUGCCCACAGACACCAUGGUGUAUAACAGACAACGGAAGAAGGGUCCUGGGCGAAGGCGCAUGGGAAGCGAGGCCGCGUCCGAGACAUCGACGAUUCAAUCUUCCUCAAUACGGGUAGUUAGCUAAGAUUCAAUUAGCCUCCCGGCAUCCUUCCGCCUCUGUCUCC